AUGUCACCAAGUCCGAGUGGGCAGUCGAUUGCGGCGCAAAAAAAAGCGCAUCCUAUUAUCGACUACAACAAAAGGACUUGUGCAGCGAUACCUAAGUACACAUCUCGAUUCAUCGUCUCGACUCGAUCCGAUCCUAUUGGCGCGCCCCACUGUCGCCGCGAACGAGCGAGACGCGGUGAGGGGAGCGGUGUGCGUGCAACAAGGAGAGAGACGGUGAUCUUAGUCACCGAGUGGCGUCCCACUGGGCGGGGCCGCGCCAAGGAGCCUCAGAUGCGCGUAGUGGGGCCUCAAACGAAGGAUCGCACUGCAGUCGUCUGUCGCGGCAACGACGCGCGCCCGCGACUACGCUCCGAAACCCUUACUUCUGGUGAUAUUGACUUUGUGUUGUGGACGCUGAGAAAAUGUAUCAAGUGUGAUUUUAUUUCUGCUAAA